AUGGUGACGCUUCAGGUUCAGGAAACUGUGAAAGUGCCUUCGGACGUGACCGUCGACGUGUGCUCGCGCACCGUUUGCGUCACCGGGAAAUACGGGAAAAUCCAGUCCGAUUUCAAGCACAUCAGUGUUGAAAUCGCGCGCGAAGGUGACACGCUCUAUGUGACAAUGUGGAACGCGAAGAGCCGAGAUAAGUCCUCUGUGCGCACGCUGUGCUCGCACAUCGAGAACAUGAUCAAAGGCGUCCGACACAAAUUUCUGUACAAGAUGCGUUUGGUGUACUCACACUUUCCCAUCAACAUCAACGUCACGGAAGACGGACGCGUGGUCGAGAUCCGGCACUUUUUGGGCGAGAAGCGCACGCGCGUCGUGCGACUCGACGAGGGUGUGACCUGCGUGAAGUCGGACGCAGUCAAGGACGAGUUGCUGCUCUCGGGCAUCGACAUCCGCAAAGUGUCGCGCUCGUGCUCGCUGCUGCGCCAGAACGCGCUGGUUCGCAACAAAGACAUUCGCCAGUUUUUGGACGGUAUCUAUGUCUCGGAGAAAGGACUGGUCGACGUCGUGGAGUAG